CUUGAUUCCUACAACACCACACACCACAUCUCUUUGUGUACGAUUGUUCAUCGCUGAGAAAGCUGCGAUUGAGACCUCAUGUCGCCCCUCAGGAUGAUUUCAACUCACGGACUCUGUGGUCUCGCACCUCGAGUAGCGGCCAAGCCUUCUUCCACAAUUCUCUUCGCCGCAUUCUCACGUCCGACAAUCGUAGGAAUCGGUCUUCGUCAUCAAAACACCAAGACGACGACGACGACGACAACGACAACAACCCCAGAAAUCACAUUACAAAAGAACCCCAACGAAAUCCUCAUCCAGCAACGACUCCGUCGCCCCCUAGCUCCUCAUCUCAGCAUUUACAAAUGGCAAAUCACAUCCAUCCCUUCGACUCUCACGCGAAUCACCGGUGUAGCCAUGAGUGGGUGCUUCUAUCUCUUCGGGACAUUAUAUUUAACCGCGCCCUACCUCGGUCUGGAUAUGUCUUCUGCGACUCUUGCGGCAGCGUUUGGCGCAUGGCCGGUUGCGAUUCAAAUGCUGACCAAGUUUACGCUGGCUUGGCCGUUGGUGUUUCAUUCGUUUAAUGGUUUGCGGUAUUUGUCGUGGGAUAUGACGAUUGGUGUUAAUAAUCGGACGGUGGCGAGGACCGGUUGGACUGCUGUGGUUGCGUCGCUGCUGGCUACUUUGGGUCUUGUUGUGCUUAUGUGAGUACAUCGUAGAAGUGAUGAUAGGUAGGCACACGUUUGGGAUGAAGGGGAAUUCUUGCUUUUUUUUCUUUUUCGCAACAGUGGCAACUCGUCAAGUCUCUCUUGGUGGUGUGUCUGUUCAAAUAGAUCAAUGCCAUUGCGAAAAGAGCACCAUCGCC